AAGCAAUCAUUGAUUCCGACGAGUCGACGGUGAUCAUGGGUGCCCAGGAAGAGGACACCAAGUCCAGCACGAUGGGCGGGGUGCUUCCGGUGGUGGAAGUUGCGUCCCUAGUAGAGAAGGCAAAGUUUUAUACCUCUCUUUGUCUGGGCACCACAGCCAUUCUCGCUGUCUUCGCUUUUCUUUUUUUAAUACCCUUCGUCGUGGAACCAGCGAUUUCGACGAUUUUGGCUGAUUUCUCUCCACAUGCCGUGGCAUGCGUAGUCACUGAUCACGUUUACGCCGAGGGACUGAAAAAUUGCUCCUGGGCAAGCUGUAGAGAAGGUUGUACCAGCGCGGCACUUCGUUGUCAUCAAAUCAGAGUCAACUACACCAGGUUAACUUAUGAAGAGUUCGUGGCGAAACCAUUGGGCUCCAUCCCAUGGGACGUUUCAGACACGAAAUUCUUUGUGAACACGGAAGGCUGCGGUUAUCCACCUCGAGUGAACUGUUCUGAUUUUGCGAAGAAAUUCGGAUACUCUAACAUGGGGAAGAUAUUCCCAUGUUAUUACAGCAGAACACACCCCGAGACUGUCGUUGCAAGGUACUCUUGGGACGAAAAUCUAAGGCACCUAGUGUUAGCCUUGGUAGUGCCUAUAGUUCUCUUUGCAGUGUCUCUAGGUGUAUUGUGCUAUUGGUACUGUCCACCGAUGGGUAAAACUUGCGGAGGACCAGGUCGCAAUCUCAUCGACAAGUACUCCAGGAAGGAAGAGUAAGUAACGUCAUCCUGGGAGAGGACGAGUCCGAGGAAGACGAAGAGGAAUACUGACUGCUACCAAGGGCUCACCCCCCAGCGAGGGAGUGACGCCGAAGAAACUACUGAGAAUUCUCAGCGUACUUUGCGUUCUAAAAAUCUAAACGAUCCUUCGAAAGCAAUAGAAACGUGUUAGACAAAAUUCCAGCAACGAAGACAAGUUCGAUUCGCUCCAAAUUCAGUGCGUCUGACUUAUAUCGAGUCUUACUACUUCCAACCAAUGUUGAGCUAUUUCAAUUUAUUGCACUUAAGCAUAAUGAUUAAAAGAAAAUUGGUAAUAAGCCAUUUGUUAUUUUUAAAUCUUGCUUGGACAUUCCUUCGGUUCUUAAUUAAUUCUAAAUUAAUCAAAUUUUGCCCUUAUCGUCUAACAAUCUAUUUUAUAAAAUUUCUCCCGUGAAGAACUGCGAUACAAAUUGAAAUUAAAUUAAGAUUGAUCGAAGUACGCUUGAUCAGUUCCACGGGACCGUAUUUUCCAAGGCGUUAAAUUAAAUUAAACAGAUGUCUACGAUAUUUUUACACAUGCCACCAAACGAUGAUAAUCUUGUGCGAAUGUCGAACGUGUAAUUAACUCAGCGAGAUUUUCAUACGAACGCAAUAAAAAGAAUUUUUAAACGAUGGAUCGUUCCGGUACGGAGAUAAUAAAUUUUGGUGGGUUCUUCGAGCACGGAGCUCGGUCUCGAUCAUCUAUCAGUAUUCCAAGCGAGGUUCAAAAGAUACGAUAACAAGGUGCGCCUUCCUACAACGUGAUAUAAAUAUUUAAGGGAUAAAUAUUUCGUUAAAUGGCACGUUUUCACGCAGUUCGUAUUAGGAUAAGUGAUGCGCUUGUGUAAGAUGUAUUUGUAAGUCAUAUUUAUCCAGAAAUGGGUAAGAUGACGAUGAAGGUGAAGAAAAAUACAGAGUAAUGUAAAAGGAAAAAAAAGAAAUUGAAGAAUCUUUGUUCGAAACAGGUUCAUAUGUAAUUUGCUUCGAUCAACGUUUCAGGAUAAUUGAAAGAGACACUUUUAUUGUGUUUGAAAUAUCAUUUUACCCAGAUCUGCGUGUAUCUGAGAUGAUGAAAAUGAGGAACAUUGAGAGAAGCUUGUACUUUACGAAAGUAACUGAGAUUCAUACAAUAGAAUACUCCAAGAAAGAAAAAGACAAGGAACAAAUCAAAAUCCUGUGCUGGCUCGUGUCAUAAAAGAGUCUGAUUUCACGCUUUUGCUUCAGCUGUCAAAUAUGAUUAUACUUUUUGUCACUUAAAAUACAAAUCGACAAAUUUAAAUUAAAGUAACUUUAUAAUAAAAUAUAGAAUGACCUGAUAUUUUCGAUUACAAAAUCAAAUUCGUAUAACUGCAAAAAAUGGAUGAGAAAUGACACGAUUGCCUCCAGGAUCUGUCUUCGCACCAAAAAGAAAAAACACGUAGAUUGUAAGCUUAGCUCGUAAGUUAAGUCUGUGAAUAUACUCGGUUAUCGUAACGAGAUCGAUAUAUAAAGAUUGUUACAAAUUUUUUACGCGGAUGCAGCCAGUCGCGUCGUGGUUCUAGUUAGACGACGAUAUAUUUACAUAAAGGGUGCACGCAUGCACGCGUCGUGCAUAGUAGUUUGUAGCUGUAGAUAUCGGUUUUCUCAGUUCAGUUUUCGAAGGGACGAGCGAUUUGCGUUCCAUAAGCUACGAAACAACGUGAUUCAACGAGAAUAUGCUUAGCGUAUUAAUUAGCAAUAAUUUUUGGACCCCAGUUUAAAUAUCCUUCGAAAUUCAAGAAUAAUCAAUUAAAAUUUAAUACUAUUAAUAGUGUUAUUAUAAAAAUUAAAGUUUUAGGCCCGAAAUCUUCGUAUACCUCAGUUAUAGUGUUCAUUAUCGUUAGUGUUGAUUAUCAAAGACAUUUUAUCUUAGUAAAAUUGUAAAGUUUCCCAUCAACGCUAGCAUAAAGUAACACUACCUUGCGGAUGUUCAUGCACUUACAAAAUCAUGCUAAAAAAUAAAUUAAGAUAAUAAUUAAAAUCACAUGAAAAAAAAAAAUAUUUUAUAAAAAUACACAGGGUGGUUUCAUUAAUCAUGGUACAAGUAAAAAGGGGCUGGUUUCUCUUGUGAAAAUGAGGAAUAACAUUUUUUUACAUAUAAUUUUUGAAUAUCUUGAAAAUUUUCCAACUUAAUUUUCUCAAAAAUAAAGGGGGAUAUAAAGAAAUUUUAUUCUAUAUUUUCAAUCCUUUUCUGGUUAUACCAUGAUUACUGAAAUACUCUGUAUAUUUGCAUAAACAUCCGCAGUUUGAUUAUCACGAAUAUGACGGAAUUUUCAUAUGGUUGUUUCGAAGCAUACGGAAACUUCGUCGCGACCCCAUACAUCUAGAAUGGUUGUGAAUCCUUUACUCAGCCUUAAUCUAGGCAUCCGAUAAAUUCGCCUGAUUCGGCUGUCACGAGAAGCGAAUUUUAAAGGAGCCUUCAUUUUGGCACUCAUUCCCCACUCGAAGCUUGCUAAUCGAUUUCCGUUAGCGUGAAUGAACGAGCGAACGAUCGAUUGAUCGCGAGCACGCCCUUCGAAAUUAGCCUGGUCGGAAACGAUACGAGUGAAAUCUUCUCUUGCGAUUUUCUGUCACGUGAAAUUUUUGCUCAACACCCUCGACUCACGUACAAUCGAACAAGAUAAAGAAAAAGAUAUAGACAUUUUUCAAAAGAGGUUCGAAAUAUCAAUUAGGUAGAGAUAAUUUAAAGGAUUGGAUAAUCUUUGAUCAUUUUAAAAAAUACCAGCAUUUUGAAAAUUAAUUUCUGAGUGAUAAAAAUAUUUUCUUCGGUUAAAAUUUUUCAACGUUAUUAUUCAGAAACAAAUUUUCAAAAAUGCAAUAUUUUUAUAAUUAAUCAAGGUGAUCUAACCCUUUAAAGUAAAAUGAUUAUUUCAUUAACGAUUGAAUAUUAAAAUUAUAGAUGCUGAGAAAUUGAGUGAUAUUGAUAUGUCUUUGAUCGACUAAUCAAGGAGACAUCUGAAUAGUCUUCGAUCGAAACAAUCAUUACCGGAAACAGCUGGACGUGAAUUGUACUCGGACGUCAUCGUGCUUGAUCAAACGUGUUCGCGAGCAUCGAGGAUUGUUCUAAAUCCGAUAGUCCAUCAGUAGUGCUCGUAUGUCUGCAAGCACUUCCAUAUCUCUCAUAUCAGAUCGGUUUAGUGCCAAUUCGUUAGUCGAUUAGAGCGAUCAUCGAGUUAAUGAUUAUUUAGAAUCAUCGGUCGCGGGAAAAGACGCCGAUGCUAUUUAGAUAGAUCCUAUGAAAAUUCUAGGAAAUCAAAAUACGUAUUUAACGUGAUGAUCGAACAAGUCGUUUCAAUUAUGAAAAUAUUAGAAUGAUUAAAGAAAUGAUUGAAAAAAAAAAAAAAAAAUUGAUU